AAUAUUCUUAUACUAAUAGUAUCAACUUAUAUAAAAGUGACCCAAAAUGUAAUGAAGUACAUAUAUAAUUUAAAAAAGAUCGAUCAUUUCCCUUUAUACCUUAGAAGCGAUAUUUCCAAGUAUAAAUAUCACCACGACGAAUUAUUAGGUGAUUCAAUAGAAAGGCAAAAGAAGAAAGAGCAAAGAGAUGGCACAAGAAGAAAUGAGAAAAGGGCCAUGGGCGGAACAAGAAGAUCUUCAGCUAGCAUUUUAUGUGAACUUAUUUGGCGAUCGACGAUGGGAUUUCUUGGCCAAAGUUACAGGUUUGAGAAGAACAGGAAAGAGCUGCAGGUUACGUUGGGUGAAUUACUUGCAUCCUGAUCUUAAACUAGGAAAGAUAACCCCUCAAGAAGGACGCCUUAUUCUUGAACUCCAUUCCAAAUGGGGUAAUAGAUGGUCAAGAAUUGCACGGGAAGUACCGGGGAGAACUGACAAUGAAAUCAAGAAUUACUGGAGAACCCACACGAGGAAGAAGGCUCAAGAUGAGAAAAAAAACAUGGCUUCUAUUAUUUCUCCAUCUUCUUCCUUCUCCAACACUUCAUCUUUCUAUUCCAACAGUCCCGAUGUCGACUUCACGCCCAGUACAGAAGAUAAUGAAAGGAACAUAUACGAUACAGGUAGAUUUCAAAAGAAUGUUGCAGAAAACAUGAAGGUGUACUCCAUGGAUGAAAUAUGGAAAGACAUUGAAUUAUCAGAGGAAAAUGAAACAAUGUGUAAGCCAAUUAUGCCAUCACCUAUAUGGGAUUAUUUCCCAAACAAUCUUGGAUGACUGAUGAAGAAGAAGCUAAGACAUUUCCUAAGUUCUGUUGCUUGAACAACCAAGAUAAAUCAUUUUUUGCUUAGCUUAUUUUAUUUGAAGGCCAUUUUAAGUUAUCUUAGCUAUUUGUUGAAGUUGCUUUGAAUCACUCUUCCUAUAAAUAGAAACAUUUGCUUCUGAA